GCGUCUACCACAAGCCCCACACCUACGCGUUUAACCACGACACAGGCGACAUGAAGAACGCCGCCGCCACCGCCGCCGCCGCCGCCGCCGCCGCCGGAGGGAAAGCGGCGACCUCUUCAACCGCCAGCCUCACCGCCAGCCUCACCGCCACCGUCGCCAAGGCCCCACAGGCUGGGGUCGAGGAGAGAGCCCCACUCUACCUGUUGGUGGACAGCGUGGGCCCGAGUCAGCUGAUCGUCUGCCUCUCCGUGCUGCCCCGCUGGGGAGUGUUUGGAUGGCAUGAAUCGCAGAAAGAUGACGCGGAGGCCGGUGGGAGCGCGGGGCCCGGUUCGCUGGUGGCCAGUCACCACUCGUGGACUCAGCCGGGGAAGUAUGGUUCGGCCGCCCUGAGAAUCCACACCUCCGCCAGCAAGGCUACGGCUCUCUGCCUGCCGCCCGGGAGGCACGUGCUGUGUCUGCGCCUGACGGCGCCGCACGGGCUGCACCUGCACGCGUGCAGCUCCACACGCUUCCUGCUCGGAGAUGAGGACUCCGUUCUGCCAUACCUCGCCAAGGAGAGCUGCCGCUUCACGGAGCACGCGCUGGCCACCAUGCGGACCCUCGGGGGAGUCGCGCACGGCUGGGCCGACGGCCCCGCUCCCCAGCCGCCCCUGACGCCCCACGGGCUGCUGGGAAUAGACGCGGCGGCGGGGACGAGCGCUCCCGACGAGAGGAGUGCGCUGCGGCAGAUCGUCACGCGGAGUCUGUGCCACGUGCUGGCCAGCGCCCUGUCCGGAGCGGUGCCCUCUGACCUUCCGUUCGCCCUCCACGCCCUCACAGGCGAACUCAGCCUCCCUGGCCUCACCACCGGCACGGUCCCAGAAGGCAGGGUGGGGGUGCCGCCCGAGACGUGGGGGGGGGCCCGGGUAGUGACCAGCGAGGAGGCGGCGGCGGCGGCGGUCAGAGUGCAGGCGCUGUGGAGGGGCCACUACGCGCGGCGCUUGUGCAACGCUCGCAAGCCAGGCACGGCGGAGAGCGCCGCCGUCAAGGGGACGCUGGGCCGCCUGUGGGCGCUGCUCGAGCCGAACGCGGAGCGGCACGGCGCCGCCCUGCUGCGGCACGUGCUGACGCAAGACGCUCGGCUGCUGGGGCGCUUCCCGUUCGCCGCCGACGAGGGGAGCCGAGCGUCCUUCGCCGACUACUCGGGCAGCUGCUCGGACCAGCCGCCCCACUCCUGGUUCCUGCUGUUCAGGGCGGUGUUCCGCGUGCCCGAGGAGACUCGCCUCUCCGCGGAGCUCCACUCGCCCGCUCCGCGCUCAUCCCUCCACAUCGUCGACAACGACACGGGGCGACUGCUGCACCGCAGCGGACGUGGCGGCCCCCGCUGCCUGGUCAGGCCGGCUGUGUUCGCUCCCAACAAGAGCGGCUACACGUUUGUGGGCGACGCGGAGAGCGGGGAGUCCCCCGUGGGCGGGGGCGGGCGCUGGCUCCUGCGCAUCGUGGGCUCCGGCGGCGCGCUGCCCGUGCCCGAGCGCGAGCCGAUCGCCGUCGCCUUCGCCGCCCGCGACGUUCGGAGAUACCACGUCCCCGGCGAGCAGGGGCUUGCCAUGAGGUACCGCAUGAAAGUGAGCGUGGACCAGCUGGUGUCUCUGCGCGUGCACGCGUCGCUGGCGAGCGCUCGCCUCUCGCUGGAGCUGCUGGAGGGUGAGAGGAUGGUGGCGAGUGCCACGGGCCGCGGUGACGCCACCAUCGUCGCGGUGGCGCUGCGGGGAGCCCGGCGCCGCUCGGCCACCCAGCUCGCUCCGGCCAGCACCGGCACAAACAGCGGUGCCAAGUCUCCAACCCCCGCGAACCCGGCGCCGCCGCCCGCCAGGAAGUCCGGCGGCGGGCAGAAGACGGGAAGGGCGACGGCGGCUGUCGUCAACGUCGUCGUCCACGACGACAUCGCGGCCCCCCAGCGGCCUGGCUCCCGCGCCCCCACAGGUCGAAGCGGAGGCUCGAACUCAGACCCUUGGCAGCUCCGGAGACGCUGCGAGUUGAGCCGGAGCAGCCGGCGCUCGUGUACGUGCUGGAGAUGCGGGUGCUGCGCGACUCGUGGCCGCUCAGCGAGGACGAUGCCGCGUUCGCGGAGACGCUGCGCGAGAAGGAGCGCGCCGAGCUCAAGCUGGUCGUGGAGAAGCCGGAGGAGCAACCGGCGGGCACGGAGGAGGCGCCCGCCUCGGUGGCGCAGGCAGAUGCCCCGAGAGGGAGCGCCGCCGGUGCCGGAGGCAGUUCCACCCCGAGGACGACACGGACGCGGCGGCAAAGGGGCUGGCGACAAGGACCGCGGCAAGCAGGGCGGCGCGCCGGCCGACGCACAGCCUGCGUUGGAGGUGGGCCGCCCGCACUGGACGCUGCGCGUGCUGAGCGACGCGACGGAGGAGCAGCUUGCGCUGUGGCGUGACACCGACCGGGCCGACGGCGUCCGCCACGUCAAGCUCGCGUGGGAGCUCGCCGAGCCCGGGAGGGCGGCCAAGGCGCUGAAGUCUCGGCAGGAAUUCCUGGACAAGAUGCGCGCCGCUCAGACACCGGCCCCACCGCCCACGGGAGAAGUGACGCCGGCGCCACUCGCCGACGAGAGCGGAGGGCAAGAGGCGGACGUGCCGUGCGAUGAGCCUCCUGCCGAGCCGCUUCGCCUGACCUUCGACCCCUCGCCCUUCUUCAGGGGCUCGUGUGUGGAGGCCGCGGUGAAGGACCGGGCGACGGUGCAGGAUGAGGAGCAGAAGCGCGCCGAAGAAGAGAUCCGGCAAUUCCGUCAAAGGCGCGAGGAGCUGCUGGAGAGAAGGGAGAGGGGCCGCAAGGAGAGGGCAGAGGACGCCGCUCGGCUGACGACGAUUUACGAGCAGCUGCAGGCGGCCGUGCGCGAGGCGCGGUGCAGGGCGCUGGCCCCCCGCGACGUCUUCGUGGAGCGGCUGGAAGAGGCGGCGCGCCUCCACGCCGCCGAGAAGGAGGCACGGGAAGCGGCGCUCCGAGCACCGCAGCCGGCGCCGAGCCCCAAAUCGGCGCGCAAGCGGAGCCCCAAGGGCAGCGCCGUCAAGAAGAGGGGGCAGUAGAGGGGGGCAGGGGGUGGCUGGGUUGGGGACGUUGGCGAUAGUGCAAUGGUUAGGAGUAAUAGUCUAUUUUGAAUUACCCUGUGAGCCAAAAAGCUCUAAAUUCGGGUGUCAUCAACAAAAAGCAACACCGCCGACCCGAAGUUCGAUUCCCGCUCACGGCCUACACCAGUGGCGAUUAUCUGAACCGGUCCUGGGCCUCCGCUAGGUGAACUCAGCCUCAAAUGAAUACCUGGUGCGGUGUGUAAACAUCGCCACCCACCCCCUCGUGUGCCGUGCGGGCCUUCAUCGGUGCCACUCGCUAACAGCACUUGCCCCUACAGUCUGUAAAGGCUAUACGGGGGGGGGGGGGAUCUUUGUCUUUGGGGGCAGUUGGCAGACUGUGGGGAGGUGAACGAUUGACCUUUAGCCCCCCCCCCACUAAAAAUCCAAUGGGAAGCUCCUGGAAAGGUGACCGGGUGGCAAAGGCGUAGCUAGGAUAUUUUGCGCCCGGGGACGAACUAUAAAAUUGGCGCCCCCCCCCCCCCCCCGUUUAAUUACAAACCAAAAUGUAAUUACAUGACAUGUAGGCUGUGUGUGGCGGGAUAUAUAAACUCUUAGGUUGAGGUGUAGACUUGUGCGGUAGUUUCAGGCUGCCGCGCCCGCCGCAAUAAGUUAUAAUGUCACGUCGUUAGCCUCAUUUUGGCGCCCCUUUACCUUGGUGCCCGGGGACACAUGUACCCCCCUGCCCCCCCCCCUAGCUACGCCUCUGUCGGGUGGCAGCGCAGAGGUCAGAAGCGCUGCGGUAGCACCACUGAGGACCGGGUUCCAGCCGCACAAGCACUCUGACUAAAUCGGCUUUGCUAGAUUGUAGUGAUUCUAGAUUUGAAGCUUUCGUGACUGCAAGGAUUCAUACUCUUAGGUUUUUCGGUAAAGUCACGUAGGUAAAAAAUAAAAAAUAAUAGAAAUAAUAAUAGAAAUAAAAUAAUAAAUCACGACGUUUCGGAGGCAACACAAGUCUCCGUCAUCAGGUAGGACCGUCACAGCUAGAUUUACUUACCGAAAAACCUAAGAGUAAGAUUGUAGUGAAUUUAAAUUUCGAUUUAAAGCUUUCGUGACUGCAGGGAUUGAUCUUCUUGGUUCUUUCGGUAAAGUCACGUAGAAGGGAAAUAAUAAAAUUGUAUUAUAUAAUGAUAUAAUGUUAUUUUAUUAUUUUAUUAUGUUUUAUUUUUAUGAUUUUAUUAUUUCCCUUCUACGUGACUUUACCAAAAGAACCAAGAAGAUGUAGUGAGUUUGUUAUGUGGUCUCAGCCCGGUCGCCAAUCACUUAACAUAGAGACUCACCGGAUUAGAUUGAGGCUGGCAGACUCGAACAUAGAGCCUAUCGACUUACAUUGAUGUAUCAAGUACAGGGAUUCUGUUCGGACCUCGAUUUGUUCGCAAGCCUAACUUCACACCUAUAGAUUCCAAACAUGUUGUAUGGCAUGUACACUAAACACGGGAAAUAGCAUUAAAAGUUGUAUAAUCUCAUGUAGAUAAAGAUGCCACUGGUUCUUCAUGUUCUGCAGAUGUAGAUACCACUGGUUUGUCACGUUCUGUAGAUGUAAAUGCCACUGGUUCUUCACAUUCUGUAGACGUAGAUGCCACUGGUUCUUCAUGUUCUGCAGAUGUAGAUGCCAUUGGUUCUUCAUGUUCUGCAGACGUAGAUGCCACUGGUUCUUCAUGUUCUGCAGAUGUAAAUGCCACUGGUUCUUCAUGUUCUGCAGAUGUAAAUGCCACUGGUUCUUCACAUUCUGCAGAUGUAGAUGCCACUGGCUCUUCGUGUUCUGUAGAUGCCACUGGUUCUUCAUGUUCUGCAUAUGUAGAUGCCACUGAUUCUUCAUGUUCUGUAGAUGUAAAUGACACUGGUUCUUCACGUUCUGCAGAUGUAGAUGCCACCACCGCCAUCUAUUGCGUGGCGGUUGAACUUACGCCGCUCGAUCCGAACAGCUGCAACUGGACACACGGACAGGUUUGUUCGUAUCUCUGAAAGUUCACAAGUUGAAUGUGUGUACUUAGAGGAGUCCCUGUAUAGCGAGUCCAUGGUCUCAGCCCGGUCACUCUAUAAAUGCACGCACAACAACAAAAAAGACCAAAUGAAAGAAAAAAAAGUCGCGUUAAA